AUGCUCAAUAUCUCAGAUCAGGUCGUCACUAUCCAUCGAGGCUCGCACUACAUACGACACAACGGCCGCUACUCCAAAGUUAGUCUCUGGUCUCAGAAUCCUACAUCCCAGAAGACCGUCAAGGUUUUCAUGGCGGUCAAUGCCACCACGUCGGGGCCGAUGAGAUAUAUCAGGAAAAUUUGCUCUGGUUACAUGCCAUCAGAUAUUGGUCUGUCGUCGCUGGCAUGGUCAACAGCAACUCGAGCAGCGAGUUCGUGCUUCGGCUCCGACGCCGAUGCAGUCCGCAACGCCAGGGCGUCUCUGGCAGUUUUAAUCGCCACCCGCGCGGCCGGUGUCCACCCUAUCCUGGCGAUGCUAGCACCGGAGGCUGACGACCAUUUCGCAUUGAUGAGCCCUCGCUGGGUUAUAAUACCUUAUCUACUCGUCAACGAAUCUACUCGCAUUACUAUGACCGACAGCCUUCAAGUUCCUGACACAUCCAUGGUCGUCGAGGCUGUAAAUAUGCUCGCCGUGCUUGUGGCCGAGAGCAAGGUCCGUCUUGUUAAACACGGGGAGCUGGUAAAAGCGCUACUACACGCUUACAUCAACAUUAAAAUCAAUGGCAUUGGAGUGGCGCCGUACUCGUCGUGGUUCCUCGAGGGCCACUCGGUAGGGAGCCGGCCUCUGGGUUUUACCCAAGUGCCCCCGGUUCUCUGCUCUCGUUGGGGAGCUGGCUGCCGUUGCAGUUCGGUAAUACGCCACUAUAACAAAAUACCUGGGGUGUUACGGGAUGCUGAAGCUCAGUUAUGUCGGCCUUACGAUCGCCACCAUGGCAGUGUAUUAGGUCGGGUUAGGGCUGAAGUAAGCAAAAACUUUAUAAAUGAGGAGAAGGGUGACGACAGUGACGUCCUGGCACCGCACAUUGACGAAGCUUGGUUUAAAGAAAAUACCGGCGGCUUUCAAACCUGA